AUGAAAAAGACAAAUAAUUUUGUAUCUGGAAGUUUAGAUAAAUCAAUUAUAAUAUGGUAGAUGAUUGGAAAUAAUUAAUGGAAUUGUUAAUAAAAAUUAAAUGGACAUUCUAAUUGUAUAUUUUGUUUAUUGUUAAAUAAUACUGAUGAUUUAAUAAUAUCAGGUAGUUAUGAUACUAAAAUCAAAUUUUGGAUGAAAUAGAAUUAAUGGAUAUGUCAAUAAACCAUCAGUGAUCAUACUGGUUCGGUAUAUUCAUUAAGUUUAAAUGAAAAAUAAAAUAAAUUGAUAUCUUGUUCAAAUGAUUCAUAAAUAUUAGUAAUAAAAUAGUCUGAAUUGGAUAAAUAGUGGAGUGUUAUAUAAAAGAUAAAAGUUGAUUAAUAUGGAUAUCGAUUAUGUUUUAUUAAUGAUAACUUAUUUACAUUCUAACCUUAUUGUAAAGAAUAAAUGUAUAUAUAUGAGAUGGAUUCUAAUAAUAAAUAGUAUAAUAAGAUUAAGGAAAUUGAAUUAAUGUAUGAUUCAAAUGAUUGUGAUUGUUUAUUUCCAUAAUAAUAUAUAAAGUCUAAACGCCUACUUGUGAAUAAGAAUGGCUAGAAUGUGAAUUUAAUGAGAAAGAAAGAAAAUGGUGACUUUCUUAUUUAUUAAUCUAUUUAAUUUACUAGUCAUCAAAUUUAUGGGCAAUUAAGUAAUGAUGGAGAGUAUUUGAUCACUUGGGAUAGAGGAUCAAAGGAAAUCUAAAUAAGAAAGUUUAAGGAAUAAUGA